AAUAAAGAUUUGAAGAUUUUAAUUAUUUUAUAUUAUUUCAGACUCUUCAGGCUUCCUUCUCGUAUUUUACUUUGCUACUAUCAACCACUACCUGAAGAAAAUAUUUUUAUGAAAAAUAAAUUUAGUAAUUUUUUUAAGUUUGUCUAUAAGAUUUUUUCUACAGAUUCCAAUCACAAUUUUCUUGAUAGCGUCAAAUUUAUACUAAAGUAGGAUCAAAUUGAUGACAAAAAUGAUUAAUUUUUUAUUUAAUCCAUAUUUUUGGUAUCAAUUCGUUGCAAUGCGAUACUAUUAAGUGAUUGCAAAAAAGCAAAUAGAUUUAUUGAAAUAAAAGAAUAUUUGAAUUGCUAGUUUUAUUGCUAGAAAGUUUUAGCUUUUCGUUUUAGAAAUAAUAGUGAAUCUUAUAGUUCCUCUUUGCUUGAAGAUUGAGAGAGGACUGACGGAAAAUUUUCCUGCGAAGACUGUAUGUUAGAAGGGUGGAAAAUCGUAGCGUGAAUGUUGAACAAGAAUUAUUUAUGAAGAUAAUGACGAAAAAGUGCUAUCAUGUUAGAGAUAUAAUUAUAUAACUAUAGUUUAUUCUGUUAAAAGAAGAUUUGAAAUUAAUUCUUGUAAUUUCACAGAAUACUUUGUUCUUUUCUAAAAGGGUGAAAAUUUAAUAAAUAAUUACGUUGAACAUUGAUUUUAUCACGAGUCAGAUUUUCACCUCUUGUCAGUAAAGAAGUAGUUGAGUUUUAUCCGAUCAAGUUUUGAAAAUAAUGUCGAACACCUUUGACAAUCAUUAUUUUUAUGUUAAUAAAUUCUUCCUAUCUUGCAUUGGCCAAUGGCCUUUUCAUAAUCAAAAGCGAAAUCUUUCUAUUCAGUGCUUUAUAAUUCUACAUCUAUUCAUCUUCUUUAUUCCAACGGCAAAUGGUUUUCUUAAAGCAUGCGGAAAUAUGAAUAAAUUAACGGAGUGUAUUCCAACAAUUUUUUCAGGAAUCACUUCACUUAGUUUUAGCAUUAUUUUUCUAUUUAAGCAAGAGGAGUUGAUGAAACUUUAUCAAGAAAUCAAAUUUGAUUGGGAAUGUUUGUCCUCCGAUCAGGAGAAAUUAAUUAUUUCUAAACACGCCAAUCAUGGACGACGUUUUACAAUUUUCUUUACAGGAUGCAUAAUUGGCUCAUUAAUAACUUAUAUAUUAAUGUCAUCAACAACACAAUUUCUCAAUAUUUUACCUCUCAAUGAAUCGAAAUCAAGUGAACUGCCAUGUCAUGUUUAUUAUUUUUUCAAUUAUUCGGAAAAAUAUUUUUAUUGGAUACAUUUUUCAUUUAAUACACUUUUGGAAACGGUUAUUUUUAUUGUUUUCGAAUCCAUUUUGGCUGUAUCCAUUGAGCAUGCAUGUGGAUUAUUUAAAAAAAUUGGUUUACAUGUGCAAAAAAUUAAUUGCAACGACACCGAAAGGGAUAAUUUGAAAGCGCUGAUUUAUUGCGUUUCGGAACAUAAUCGAGCAUAAUUGAGUAUGUUCUUUGUAUGUUUAAAAAUUUGAUUUCAAAAUAAGAUUAUUGAAAUAUUUUUUAAAAAAUGAUUCAUUUUUGAAAUUGAAUUUCUAAUUAGAUUUUGUGGCAGUAUUAAAGCUCUCUA